AUGCCUAUUUCUACAAUUAAUAAUAUGUUACCAGAUAGUGAAUGUUCUUUUGCUGUGCGCGAGUCCGUAGACACUAUUAUAUGGUUUAGUAAAGAAAGUAAUAGCUCCACUGAGAUGAAGAUAUUAACGAUUAUCAUUCUUCACAUCGGCAUAUGUGUUGCGUCACAUCAUCCGCACACAAUACCAGUCGAAGGAUAUGAAACGGAACUGCACGACCUUGGUGAGCAUGUGGAAAUACCAGAAACCCCAGUAAAAAUUAUCAAAAUCACUAAAACUGUGGCAGUCAAAAUACCUGUUCCAUAUCCAGUGAAAGUGGUGGAGAAGGUACCAUAUCCGGUUCAUAUUAAUAAGCCUUAUCCAGUCCCAGUUCCUCAGCUCGUUCAUGCACCAUACACUCCAAAACGUCACGAACACCUGGCGUUGGGCGACGGCCACAGUUUCCAAGGCAACGCAGACAACUCCUACCAGGUUAAAGAAAACAAUGAACACAAUUCGCCAAGCUAUAAUGGCCCAGCUUAUAGCGGACAUGCUCCAAAUUCCGAAGACUAUGCGGAAGAAUCUCCCAAUUAUACAAAACACAAUAACUAUUACGGAUCUAAUGGGCUAGAAUCAAAUACUGCUAUUCAACAAAAUCAUUAUGGUUAUAAUUCGCCUACUGAAGACGUGAAUAAUUAUUAUUAA